UUGUCACCAUUUUUCUCAAAAUUGACGUCAGUCACCGGCUCACCGCAUAUCCUCUUAGGCACCAGCUCACCAUCAUCUUCCUCCGGUGCGGCGAGGAUCAACAUUUUCUCCUCAAAUCACGCCACGUGUCUACCCCAACCUCAACGCCUGUCACUUUAUCAAACCCUAAAUCUCCCUCUCCCACCUAUAUAUAUAAAUACCCCCAUCUCUCCAAUUCUCCUCUCUUCUUCCCCCUUCUCCGAAAUCUACACUAUUCAUACACUUACAAAACACACACACACAGAGUAAUGUCCAUUCUGUGAGUUCACCUACAAAUUCAAUUGCACCCAAUUUACGGUAAACUGUUUGUAUAUCUGGGUCGUAAGUCGGGUUAUCGGGUCAUCAUGGCGGAGCCAUUGAAGAGAUACGGAAUUGGAUACGCAUUAGCACCGAAGAAACAAGCGAGUUUCAUUCAACUUUCCCUUAUCAAUCUCGCAAAAGAACGCGGUAUCGAUCUCAUCAAAAUCGAUACAGACAAACCCUUAAUUGAUCAAGGACCGUUCGAUUGUCUCCUCCAUAAAUUGUACGGUGAUGAUUGGAAGCGCCAACUGAAGCAUUACAGCUCCGAAAACCCUAAUUCGCUUAUCAUUGAUUCGCCGGAGGCAAUUGAGCGGUUGCAUAACAGGAUUUCGAUGCUGCAAGCGGUAACGGAACUGGAAAUCGAGUGCGAAACGGGAACGGCGUCGUUUGGGAUACCUAAGCAAACGGUAAUAUACGAUGCGAAAAUUGUAUGGGAAAUUUACCUUGAAAACGAAGGGUUAAAAUUUCCUGUUAUUGCGAAGCCUUUAGUAGCUGAUGGAAGUGCAAAAUCGCAUAAAAUGUUGCUCGUCUUUAACAAAGACGGGUUGCGAAAAUUGACGCCACCGAUAGUUUUACAGGAGUUUGUUAAUCAUGGAGGAGUGAUUUUCAAGGUGUAUGUAGUCGGUGAUUAUGUGAAAUGUGUGAAAAGGAAGUCCUUACCGGAUGUUAAGGAAGAUAAUUUAGGGAGAUUAGAGAGUUACUUGCCGUUUUCGCAGGUUUCGAAUUUGAAUAAUUGUGAGAAGAAUGAUGAUAAGUAUUAUAAGUUGAUGAAUUUGGAAAAUGCUGAAUUGCCCCCUUUGAGUUUGCUUACUGAUAUAGCUAGGGGACUUAGAUUGGCAACGAAAUUACAUCUUUUUAAUUUUGAUGUGAUUAGGGAUAAUAGAGUUGGGAAUAGGUAUCUUGUUAUUGAUAUUAACUAUUUCCCUGGGUACGCGAAAAUGCCGAAUUAUGAGAGAGUGUUAACGGACUUUUUCUGGGAUGUUUUGAAUCGGAAAGAUAAGGGUUUUGAGAGUUUAAAGAAGGUUAACUGCGAAAAGGAAGUUAGGGUUUUGGUGGGGAGUAGCGUAUGUGGUGAGGAUGAAGGAGCAUUGCCCGUUUCAUCUCUUAAGAUAGAAGAAAAUGAGAAUCCUAUUCAGGUGUGAAAUGUGAAUAGUAAUGGGCGGCCCAUUGCACUAAAGCUCCCGCUAUGGCAGGUCCAGGGAGGGGCUUAAUUAUGUGAAAUGUGAAGUGCAAAAUUUGCUGAAGCAUAUCAUUUUUCUCUUGCAUUAUAAAGGUUAAAGCAAGCUGCAGGGACUUAUUUUAGGAGGGAGCUGGCACAUCAGUUAAUAAGUAGGUUCUUUGCUUUGAUCAACUUAGAUGAUUCCCGAGGGAUUUUUUUCUAUGGGAUCCGCGUGGCAGAUUCUUGGUUGUCUCUCGCGUGGAAGUUAUUAUGAGAUUAUUUCUAGAGGAAUAUUCCUUUUCUGAACUACAAUUUUAUCAGAACCACAGUUCAAACCUUAAUUUGGGAGCUUAAGACUGAUUUGUUGAAUAUCAGUAUCUUUUCUUGAUAAGAAAAAUACAAUAACGGACAAAGAGACGCAACAAGAGACAAAGAAGAGAACGAGCAAAUAUUUCUCCAAAAGUAUUCAUGGUACGUAAGAGUUGUUGAUAAGCGUUUCUCCAAAAGUAUUCAUGAAUGAAGUAAAAGUUCAACGUAUAGUACAAUCCUUGAGUCUAUUUGGCAGGACAAAUGAAGCACGGGGUUUUGCUAAAUUAAACUCACCUUUUGAGAUUAGUUUUUUUAAAUAAUAUUUUGAAAAGGCGGAAUUGAGAAUAUUCAUUAUUAUAUGGGAAUAAUUUCUCUUUUGGUUAAAUUUUUUUCCCCUUAUAUAUAUUUAACAUUACUUGAAUUAAGAAGUAGUGGUUGAUAUAUGUUGUCACCAAAGCAAGUUAAAGAUGUUAGGCAUUAUGUUUCGGUUCUGUUAAAUAUGUGUUAGGAUUUUUCCAAAAGUAUUCACAGUACAGAAGAGUUCAUAAACUUUUCUCCAAAAGUAUUCAUGAAUGAAAUAAAAAUUCAAAGUACAGCACAAUUUUUGGGUCUAUUUGGCAAGACAUACGAAGCAUGAGGUUGGCUAAAUUAAACUACAUCUAUAGUAUAUCAAAUUCAUUAACCAAUUGAAACUUCUGGUGGUAAAAUAUAUAUGUGCUUACCAUAACAUAUAUGUUUUGAACAUUUUGCACCUCAUUAAAAACCUUCAUAUUAGAUAAAAUCGUCUAAUUUUAAAUAUUUUAAAGUUACACGUGCGAGACACGUGCAGCUAAACUAGUUUCCUAGAAAUGUGGGUGUUAAGAUGGUUUUGCAGUAUACUGGAUCAAAAUUGAUUACAUUUAGCAAGAAGUGCAAGUAGCACAUAUAAAAGAUAAAAUGGAGAGACUGUCUUUUGAGACAGUUUGGUCAUGACUCGUCGGAGGUUUAGGCUUUGUUCUUAUUUGAAAGUAACUUGAGAUGUACAGAAACAUUUCGAGAAAUAAUUAUUGGCAAAUUUGUGAUUAUGCUCAUGCCUCAGUUGUUGGGUGUCUUUCUCAUGUAAAUCGUUUUCAGUUGUGGUUAGAAGUAAGACAUUUGAUGGGAGAUGAAGAAUGUACAUGACCAAUUAUUGUAUUGUCGUUUGUUUCCAAAAAUAUUUGAAGUGGUCUUUUAGUCUUGUAGAGAUUUGUAUGCCAGUAGAGAUUUAGAUAACUUCUGCUACUAGAGACCUUCAAUUUUUAAAUAUUGGAUUGAGACUAGUCUAAAUGGAGUGACAUGAAUAGAAUUCAUACUGUCUACUCCAAGUAGCUUGUUGUUGAGCCAUAGUUAUUGUGGUUGCUGCAUAUGUAUCAAGUUCUUAGUGUUUUUGAUGAGAGUUGCCACUUACAAAUAGGGACUUUUGUAAAGAUAUUGAUUAUGUGGGGAACCUUUCCAGGUCAUCACUUUUGCUUUUGAGUUACAGUUACAUCUUACUUGCAUUGAUAUUUUUCCUUUCAUGUAAUAUGUUUGUGUUGGUUAAUAUAUUUUCUCGAUAAGUAAUGAUAUUCUAUAAAUGGUCGAACAGCACUAAGGCAUUUUGCUAAAAUUGUGUUGGUUAAUAUUUUAAACUGAAAGCUUUUUCCUUGUUUCAGAAAGUUGCAUCAAUUGUCCUGCAGACUUGUUUAUUUAUAAUAUUAGUCUGAGACAUGAUGUUGUAUGCAAUAUAUCAGGUUUAGAACACCCAAAAAAUCAGGGUGAAUUAUGAUUUAUUAGUUGGAUACUUUAGGGCUUCAUAAUUUACACUGCUGGAAAAUUAGUCAAUAUCACAUGCAUUAUCGUGUGAUUUUUCAUUAGAACAUGUGGAAAAUCAUAAAUUUUACUUUUCUGUGUUUCCUUCUUUUUUGGAUAGUGAAAUAAAUGCUAUCAGUUUGAUGUGGAUUGGGUGCAUCUUUCCAUUUAUUAUAUAUAUAUUCUUGUCUAGUUGCGCAACUGUGAUCUGUCGCUUAACUUCCAAACACAAGGAUGAUAGCAGUUGCAUGAGCUGCAUGAAUCGAAGUUAGCUGUAACCUUCACAUGAGUUGCAUGGAUCAAAAUUGGCAGUUACCUUGGUGCUGACAACUAAUCAGGUGUAAGUAUGAGAAUGCUGUGUCAGUUCCUUGAGUUGUCUCCUUUCCUCAUCCCAGUGUACCUUCACAUCUCUUUAUGCAUUGUAUUCAUCUCUGAAGUUUCAUCAUCUCACUAUGUAAAGCUUGUGCUUUGUUUUGGUGUAAGUUUUCCUGUCGGUAACAUGUAGAAGUUAAAGCAGGUUGUGUUCCUGCAGUGAUGUAGUGGUGGCCUGGAGGAUUUGUUAUUGAAUAUUUUGUUAAAUUGGUAUACCCUUAAAGCCAAAUAGCAGUUGCAAAAAGUUUCACGUUGAAGGGUAAAAAAUUUGCUUUAAUUAAAUAAACUGAAGCAGAACUUUUAAGAACUUCUAGUCCUGAAACUAACUUUGUUAAUGCAUUUGUCCUUUUAGUUUUAACAUGUGUACCUCAGUUGAUUAUCAGCUUUAUUCCUGGUCUAAGUGCUAGAGUAUAUGUUUCAAAAGUUCAGGUUCUCGUUUUAGGAAUAAUUCUUUGACGUGUAGCUAGUAGGAUAGUGAAAAAUUCAUGUCAUGAAGGAAACCCAGAAAUGAUACAUUGGAAGAAUCUGUUGGUCUUUUAAUAUCAAUAGGUAAAGAGAAGAUAACAAGCGUGUUUUCUUAAAAGCAACGUGCAACUAAAGUGAAUGCUCUAGCAGUACAUGGGAGCACAUCUUAAGUUCUGUCAGUUUCUUGAUUCCUGUUGUUUUUUUUUGCAUUGUGGCUUGCAUUAUUGAAAUUCCAAUUAUUGUUAUGUCUAGGAAAUGAAGCCCAAAAGGUGCUGAUCCAACAUAUUCACGUUUUUUUAUUGGUUGAGAGGUUGUUUGAUUCAUAGAUGUAAUGAGUGGAAAUGUACAAUAAAAGAUGUUUCAUCACUCACUUUUUAAUCAUGACAAAAACAAGUAGUAGAUCUGGACUUUCACCAACCAUUUGGAAAAAUUGCCUAUUGAAGUAAAUUAUUUUGAAGUCCUUACUUUGCUGAUAUCUUUAUUUUUCUGCAUGCUUUGACACGUUGCGUCGUUCUUGAUAUCUGCACCUUAUGUUGCCUACCAAAAGCUUAGUGAUCCGGUACUGUUGGUAAAUAUUUGAAUGUCACAUCUGGUGGUACUUUACUCUGCUGUGAAAGCGAAACCUAAAUUGCAUAUUUCUGUGAGUACUAUGCCCUAGACAGCUUAUUUAUUCCCCGUUUACAGGAUUUUUUCUGUUUGUGUUGGAUGAGUAUCUUGUCUUGACUUCAGUAGCCUAAAUUGUUAUUUUUGUGCUUUUGUGCAUUUCCAAUUGUAGAAAGCAGUAUUCUCAAGGGUUUGUGACAGCUUUGAAAGCAUGAAUUCGGGUUUUAGACACCAUUUGUUGGAUAUACUCAGCUAGCAGUGGUCCUUAGCUUAGUGUCUGCAUCUAUGGGUUUUAAAAGAAGUUGGAACUGUUUUAAGACAUCGUACUCCCUCAUGCCAGUCUCUUAAACCCCUGCAAGCCCAUAUAUUCAUUACAACUGAUAUGAAUAUUUUGUUAACUUGAAUGAAUUUGGAGGAACCAGUAUAGUUUUGAUAUAGUACCUAGUGCUGAGUUCGUGGCUUUGGGUUGGUACUCUAGUACAUUAUUUGAAUGAUCUUCUUGGGAUUGCUUCUCUUGAAGCUUAACAUUGUCUUUGGAUUGUUCCAAUUAUGUUGGGAGUUCACAUGUAUACUUGUUUCAAAUUAUCACAAUGUGUGGUAAAAGGUUCUACCUGAACCGUUGACCAGGCUCAUGACGAGCCAAGUCAAUCCUGGUUGGAAAGGAGCUUGAUUACACCUUACGUUGUAGUGAAAGAUGUCUUCCUCCUUGUCUAUACUUGUUUUUACUUAAAAUAUACUUGGUAAACAAACCACUUGGCCCAACGAUGCCUGAGGUUGGCCUUUGAAGGCUUGUUCCACAUUUUUUUUUUUUUUCUUAUUGCUAGUUGGAACUUCGACUCUGUUGACCUCUUAACCUUGUUUAUUAUAUCUACCCUUGUUCAACGAGGGAAAGCAAUGAGGGAAUUUCGUUUUUCGAGGCCCCAAAGCGCAGUCUCUUCUUCAACGAGGGGAAGGUGGGAGGUGAGUUUCGUUUUCAAGACCCCUAACCUAGUCUUGGUUUGAUUUUCUAGUGGAAAGAUUGGAUUUCUAAGGGAGACUUGCAAGUGCUGGCCACUCCAAAUCAUUGAACAAACCAUGUCCCCAGUGCAAAUUUUGCAAGUACAAGUUCCUUGAAAGACUGAGAGUGGAGCAGAAAAUAUUAAGUCAUAGUUACCUUAAUAUAAAUGAAAAAAAGGUAUACAUUCAGUAUUAUUUUGAGGUCAAUUUUUCAUGUAAUUGCCAGCGCGGUCUUCCACUUUUCCUCCUCUGACUGGUGCUUAUACAUUGCACAACUUUCUCGGGCUGGCCGCACCCUGCCAUUCGUGGUCCAAAAACAUGAUAAGGAGUGCGUGUGAUACUUGAUUUUUGGGCUUUUAGUAUUGGGUCUCAUUCCCGCACAAAUCUUGUUUCCUAAUACGGAGUGUAAACAAUUGUGUGUAGUAGAAAACAUAAGUCAUAUAAGGUUGAAAAUAAUUAUCAUUUGCAAUUAAAGUAAA